AAGCUCUUGGCUAAUAGCCUGACUUCCAGCAGCCUCUCCUUCCUCCCAAAGAGAACAAGAGCACGAGAAGGGAGUGCGAGCUGGCGCCGCCAUCACUCUAAACGCUGCCAGCAUGUCGGAUUUCGACGAGUUUGAGCGGCAGCUGAACGAAAACAAACAAGAGCGUGAUAAAGAGAAUCGCCACAGAAAACGCAGUCAUAGUCGCUCUAGAAGUCGUGAGCGAAAACGUCGAAGCCGCAGUAGAGAUAGGAGAGCAAGAGAACAACGCAGUGGCUCUAGGGACAGGAGGCGGCGCAGCCGCUCCCCAAGACAUGAGAAGAAAAAGAAGAUUUGCAAAUACUGGGAUGUCCCCCCUCCUGGUUUUGAGCAUAUCACACCAAUACAGUAUAAAGCCAUGCAAGCUGCAGGGCAGAUUCCUGCUACAGCUCUCCUUCCAACGAUGACACCGGAUGGAUUGGCUGUAACUCCCACCCCCGUACCUGUUGUUGGCAGUCAGAUGACCAGACAAGCCCGUCGUCUUUAUGUUGGAAAUAUUCCUUUUGGCAUCACUGAGGAAGCAAUGAUGGACGUUUUUAAUGCCCAAAUGCGCCUUCGUGGUUUGACCCAAGCACCAGGCAACCCGGUGUUGGCUGUGCAAAUAAAUCAAGACAAGAACUUUGCUUUCCUUGAGUUUCGCUCUGUUGAUGAGACAACACAGGCAAUGGCCUUUGAUGGCAUAAUUUUUCAGGGCCAGUCACUUAAAAUUCGUCGUCCUCAUGAUUAUCAGCCCUUGCCUGGCAUGUCUGAAAACCCGUCCGUGUAUGUCCCAGGGGUGGUAUCCACUGUUGUCCCAGACUCUGCACACAAGCUUUUCAUUGGAGGUUUACCCAACUAUCUGAAUGAUGACCAGGUUAAAGAAUUACUUACAUCUUUUGGCCCAUUAAAGGCCUUUAAUUUGGUAAAAGACAGCGCCACAGGCCUUUCAAAGGGAUAUGCCUUCUGUGAAUAUGUGGAUAUAAAUGUCACAGAUCAGGCCAUUGCAGGUCUAAAUGGGAUGCAAUUAGGGGACAAGAAUCUGUUGGUACAGAGGGCAAGUGUUGGAGCCAAGAAUGCAACUCUGAGCACAAUAAAUCAGACCCCUGUUACUCUUCAGGUUCCUGGUCUAAUGAGCUCCCAGGUGCAAAUGGGAUGUCAUCCAACAGAGGUGUUGUGCCUGAUGAAUAUGGUCUUACCAGAAGAGUUAUUGGAUGAUGAUGAAUAUGAGGAAAUUGUUGAGGAUGUGAGAGAUGAAUGUAGCAAAUAUGGCAUUGUGAAAUCCAUUGAAAUACCCCGGCCUGUUGAUGGUGUUGAGGUUCCAGGAUGUGGCAAGAUGAGACUGAACAGACCAAUCGCGCCCUACAAUGCAACCAUUCAGGGGAAGAACGCUGGAGCAGUUGAUGGCAGACCUGAAACAGUUAUAGCAGGAUUUACAGCUUCCAAUAUUUAA